AUGAGUGAAUUCGUUAUUCCCCCGUACAACUUCUCCUGGUUUGUGGAGGGGGAGUUGGCCUGCAUGGCGUGGCCCCAAACCGUUUACAAUUUGGAGUUUUUGCGCCGCGAGGGCAUUGCCCAUCUGGUCACCCUAUCGCCCGAGAAACUCCCCCCAAUCGGGGACUUCCCCCAAAUGGGGUGGACGAGGAUCGACGUGGAGGAGUUCGAAGCGCCGUCACUCAACGACAUCAUCAAGUUUAUCGAAAUAUGCGAAAAAUGCAAAAAUAAUGACCAGGCCGUCGGCGUGCAUUGUCGCAUGGGCAGAGGCCGAACCGGCGUAAUGGCAGCUUGUUAUCUGGUGCGUUUUCAGGAUUUUGCACCUGAAAAAGCCAUUACAAGCGUAAGACUUCAGCGAGCCGGAUCAGUGGAGACUGGUGAACAAGAACGGGCCGUCAUGCGAUAUCGCGAUUACUUGAGAGGCACUAAAAUGCGACACGAGAGAGAUGACGAUGAAAAAUGUGAUUUGGAUGCGAGUCGGAGAUGAAAUUUAUACUUUGAGAAAUUUGUUUGUUUGUGUGAUGGUUUUUAGGGGAAAUAAAGUGUUU